UCCCAGGCAUGGCCCGAGUAUUCAACUGGAAGGUUUAGGCGGUGUUCCUGAUUGCCCGCUAAGCUGCUCUCCAAAGUGGCCGCUGCUAGCUUCGACAUCGCACCGAACCGUGGCGCCUGGAUCCUUUAUCGGACUAUAAAAGACACUUCGAAUCAACAGUGCUCCGCAGUCGGUGGCGAAGUAGUCACCGAGUACUCAUCGCCACGUUCAUUGUCUUGGCAGGUGAGCCAUUAAUUCUGAGAGCAUAGUUGUUUGCCAGAGCUGCCGACUGCUGCCGACUGCUGCCUAGUUAUGUUGAACCAUGUGCUAAUGUUAUAAGUAUACUUUGUUUUAUUGUGUUGAACAUUGUGCUGAUGUGAUAGGUAUUUAGCGAGCAGUAUAUUCAGCCUUGUCAAUUUUUUUUCCCUCUGUGUGUGUGGCCAUGCCUGACCGAACCAGAUGUCAAUCGUGUUUGGAGAAGCUGCCAGGUGAUGGCAGAUUCCUGACGUGUUUGGAUUGCAAGCUAGGCUAUCACCUAGGCAAACACUGUUCUGGAGUGGCUGAAAAUACAUUUACAUCAAUGGGCGUGGCAAAAAGAGAGGCCUGGAAAUGCAAGCAAUGCAGAACUCUUGCAAGUGAUAACAGCUUAUUGACAGCCCAUAAUCCUGAAGGAACGGCAGUGGCUGGGGAUCCUGGCUCUUUCGCAAAGGAAUUAAAUGCUCUCAGAGAAGAACUAAGGGGUAUUAAGGACAUGAUGGUUGUUCUUCUGCCGCUCCAAGAAAAGCUCGACGAGCUCUUGGCGAUGAAACCAAAAAUAGAUGAAGUGUUGUCAGUGAAAGAGACUGUAGUUGAACUGCAAAAUUCUGUACAGUUUCUGUCAUCAGCCUAUGACACAGUUGUGAUAAAGACAAAAGAGUCUGACUCGACCUUGAAAUGCCUAGAAACUCAAGUGGUGUCGCUGACGGAGACUGUGAAUGCCCAAUCCACUGAGAUUCUUCAGUUGCGGGCUGAUAUUAAUGGUUGUGAGCAGUAUAACAGACUGUCGAACCUGGAGCUACACGGGCUUCCACUUUCACCGGGAGAAAACUUGCGAACUACUAUCGCGGAUCUUGCGCAGAAGCUAGAAAUACUAGAUUUUGAACCCCGUGACGUAGUUGCAAUCCACCGUCUGCCUGCCAGAAAAGAUAAAACGCCUAUCGUGCUCAUUAGAUUUUCGUCCCCGUUUUUGCGGGACUCUUGGCUGGCGGCUCGUGGCAAGCUUCGUGCCUUGGCACAGAAAAAAAACAUACCUGCUAUGUAUCUCAAUGAAAACCUGACCCAAGCUACCAAGGAACUUUUUUGGAAAACUCGAUCUAAAGGCAAAGAAAACAACUAUAAGUUUGUCUGGGUAAGGAAUGCAAAGAUCUUUGCACGAAAGGAAGACUGGAGGCCCUGUAAUCAGGAUUGCAUCCGUCACUGA